AUGCCCGCCUUUGUCCAACCCCUCUCCGCCUCUUCCUUCACGCCGGCGUGCUUCCCCAAUGCCCCGCGCUCCGCGCGCCGCGCGCCCGCCCGCCGUCUUCCGCGCAUGGGUCUCGGCAACACCUUUGGCCGCAUCCUGCGCAUCAGCACGUGGGGCGAGUCGCACGGCGGUGGCGUCGGCGUCACGGUCGACGGCGUCCCCCCGCGUCUGGCCCUCUCGCGCGAAGAGGUCCAGCUCGACCUGGACCGACGCCGCCCCGGCCAGAGCCGCAUCGUCACCCCGCGCAACGAGCCCGACGCCGUCGAGAUCCUGUCCGGCGUCGUGGACGGCGUGUGCAUCGGCACCCCCAUCGCCAUGCUCGUGCGCAACAAGGACCACCGCAGCCAGGACUACAACACCAUGGCCGUCGCCUACCGCCCGAGCCACGCCGACGCCGCGUACGACGCCAAGUACGGCAUCCGCGCCGUCGCCGGCGGCGGCCGCUCGUCCGCGCGCGAGACUAUCGGCCGCGUGGCCGCCGGCGCCAUCGCGAAGAAAAUCCUGCGCGAGUACGCCGCCGUCGAGGUCAUCGCGUACGUCAAGAGCGUGCGCGACAUAGAGGCGCCGCAUGUCGACCCGCACGCAGUGACGCAGGAGCAGGUCGAGGCUAACAUCAUCCGGUGCCCGCACGAGGAAACGGCCGAGAAGAUGAUCGCGUACGUGGACUCGAUCCGCAAGACGGGGAAUAGCGUCGGCGGCGUGGUCGAGGUUGUCGCCAGGAACGUGCCUGCCGGACUGGGCUCGCCCGUGUUCGAUAAGCUCGAGGCAGACCUCGCCAAGGCGUGUAUGAGCCUGCCCGCGAGCAAGGGGUUUGAGAUUGGGAGCGGGUUCGAGGGGACGAUGCUGACGGGGCUGGAGCAUAACGACGCGUUCUACGUGGACGACGACGGGCGCACGCGGACCGCGUCCAAUCGCAGCGGCGGCGUGCAGGGCGGCAUCAGCAACGGCGAGGCGAUUGUGUGUCGCGUGGCGUUCAAGGCGACCAGCACCAUCGGCAAGAAGCAGAAGACGGUGACGAGGGCGGGGGAGGAGACGGAGCUACGGGGGAAAGGACGACAUGACCCCUGCGUCCUCCCCAGGGCCGUGCCCAUGGUGGAGUCGAUGGUGGCGUUGACGCUCGCCGACCACCUGUUGCAGCAGAUUGCGCAGUGCAGCGUGAUGCCGGUGGAGAAGGAGUCGGCGCCCAACCCGCUCGGGCCGAAGCCGGUGUCCAACACCGUCCUCUCUUCGGGAUGGUUGUGA